ACUAUUCUUGUCUGGCUGAAUAUCUAGAAUCACCAAACAAAAUAGCUGCAAUCACAACCCAACACGUAGCAUGAAGUAAGGGCGUUUAUGUCUUUUCAGACCGUGAGAAUAAGCCGGAUCCGGUGGCCAAAGAGCGUGACCGGCGAAGUAGCCGGAGCUCAGCCAGCAAUGGCGACAGUGUUGCCUUGUACGACGGCGAUCGACUGUAGUAUAAAACACUCAUCUUUUUCUCCACUCAGUUCUGUAGACCUUUCCCCAUUUUACUCCGUCAACCGACGUCUUCAUAUAAAAAACUCUUCGUCUUCGUUUUCUUGCCAUUGCACUCCAACGAGUUCUAAUGGUGUUCGGCAAUCUAUAAAACCAGCUAUUGUUGGUAAAAAUGAGGGGCAUAAGAAGAAGAAUAGGAAUUUUAGUCUGAAAUCGUUGUCAGGAAGACGACCUAUGAUACUGUUUGCAUCAACGAAGAUGAGGAGCAUCAUUUUGCUCAAUGUUACUGCUAUGAUUUAUGCUAGUAAUAUUUCUGUAGUCAAAGAAAUUGAAGGAGUUGUUGAUCCUGGCAUCUUCAAUGUUGUACGAUUUGCUUCUGCAGCAAUUCCCUUUGUCCCUUUUGUACUCCGAGCGAAUGAUUCUCGGACCCGUAAUACAGGGAUGGAGUUGGGUUUUUGGGUAAGAUUAGGCUACCUUAUGCAAGCAAUUGGAUUGCUCACCUCUGAUGCUGGACGAGCUUCUUUUCUUUCUAUGCUCACUAUUGUUGUGGUUCCCUUGCUUGAUGGCAUGUUAGGAUCCAUAAUUCCUGCACGCACCUGGUUUGGAGCUCUCAUGUCGAUUUUUGGUGUUGUGAUGUUGGAAUCUAGUGGCUCACCUCCAUGUGUUGGAGAUUUGUUAAACUUCUUAAGUGCACUCUUUUUUGGGGUUCAUAUGCUACGAACUGAGCAUAUAUCACGAAGUACUAGUAAAGAGAACUUUAUACCGCUCCUUGGCUAUGAGAUGUUGGUUGUUGCUCUCGUAUCAACGUUGUGGUACUUUAUUGGAGGCUCAUUUUUCGGUACUCUAGCACUAAAUCCGACUGACUGGACAUGGUCAACAUUCUGGAGUUCAGCUUUGUCGUUUCCCUGGAUACCUGCUCUUUACACUGGCUUAUUUUCAACUGGGUUGUGUCUAUGGAUAGAGAUGGCUGCCAUGUGUAAUGUAUCAGCAACAGAGACUGCAAUAAUUUAUGGGCUGGAACCAAUAUGGGGUGCUGGGUUUGCUUGGUUUCUCCUUGGUGAGAGAUGGGAUUUAAGUGGAUGGAUUGGGGCCGCCCUUGUAUUAGGUGGAAGUCUAUCAGUGCAGAUACUUGGAGCUUCAUCUUCAUCUGUGUCAGGACAAGUCGAAAAAGUUAUUCAGGAUGAUAAGUUAUCAAUUUCACAUAAAAGGAACAAUAUUCAUGCUUCACCACUUGUUAUUAGCUGCAAGGAAGAUCCAACAGACUUGUUGCGCAAGUCAUGAAUGCUGAUGUUUUUUUUUUUGCUAUGUAUAUAUAGGUGGAUAUUGUACAACUAUUGUGACUCCUUUAAUCUAGAAAUAUAUUUUCUCA